AUGCCAUGGCGCGUGACCAUCGACCACACGACCCACCCGCACAUCAUCGACGCAAUCAUCGCGCACGCGCCCUUCGAGUCGCUCUGGGCGCUGCGGCAGACCUCGUGUGCCUUCCACGCGCGGAUUACACACAUGCUCUUCCACUGCGUCGAGAUCACGCACCCGAAAGCCGACACCGUCGCGAUUCGUACUGGCCCAGGCGCGUUCCGCGUGCCGUUUCGCGCGGUGCGCGUUGCGGACCUGGUUGAGGAGAAGACGUUUCCCCCAACAAAGGCGGUCCUGCGCGCGUACCGCGAGCUCCGCAACCUCCGCACGCUGCGCAGGUUUGGCCCAGCGCUCUUCGAUAGCGUGGCGACAUACCUUCCUCAGGUCGAGACGCUCGUCGACUACUUCGACCUCGCGCUCUAUCGGCCCCCUACAACGGGAAACGAGCAGAUUAGACAUCCCCUGUGGGAGGGGUAUGCUUCCGACGAGACCAGCGACGAGUGGGACAACGACGAGGUCCUCCUCCUGCGCACGCUCCGCCGUCGCGGCGACGCGAUCACAGCCGACGACGCGAGCCUCUUCCCGCAGGUCGACACGCUAGUCGACUUCAUCCACCUGGCACGGUAUCGCCAGGCAGACAGGUACAACCAGUACGCCGACUACGAGGGCUGCGAGGCCGAUGCCGCCCGCGAGGACUUUGUGCCCGGCGUCUACCCGCUCGUCUGUGCCGGGCCACGCGACUACCCCCCCUCGCUGAGACGGUACGUGCUGCACGUGCACCACGACAAGGGUCUGUGGAUGAUCCCGUCGGCCUUCCACCAGGUGCUGUACAACCUCUUGACGCGACGCUCGCGAAAGCGCCUUGCGCCGCCAGUUCGUGACGCGGUGCUGGUGUUACAUCGCUCCCCAGCUCAUCCGGUCGCCGGCUGCCGCCUGGCGGACGCGCUCGAGGCCGCGGUUAACGUUGUCCUGGAGCGAUGGCCUGCUGAAGCUGCCUUUACGCUGCGCGGUCCAGAGGAGGCCGACGACAACGUGCCUUGA